AUGGCGGUGGAAACUGAGGCUGUGACCGUGCCAGAGUUGGCUCUUGCUGACACUGACAUCAACUGGGACAGGUUGGACAAGACAAGGUUUCAUAUUAUUGGGGCUAUUCUCUUCACAGCGCAGUCAGCCUUACUACAUCCAACAUCAGUUGUAAAGACUAGAAUGCAGGUAGCUGGUUCUGGAUUCUCUCACAUGGGUGGAAUAUCAGUAUUUAGACAUAUAUUAAAGAGUGAUGGCAUCCCUGGCAUAUUCAGAGGUUUUGGCACUUCUGCCAUUGGAUCGUUGCCUGGUAGGGUCUUGGCUUUGACAUCACUUGAAGUAUCAAAACAUAUGAUGUUGAAAUACACUGAAGAUCUAGACAUGCCUGAGGCUACGCGUAUUGGAAUUGCAAAUGCGGUGGCGGGCAUGUUCUCAAAUUUAGUUUCUUGUGUAUACUAUGUCCCCUUGGAUGUGAUUUGCCAGAGACUAAUGGUUCAAGGACUUCCUGGGACCACAUCCUGCAACAGACCAUUUGAUGUCAUACAUAAAGUGAUAAAGGCUGAAGGUCUUCGUGGUUUAUAUAGAGGCUUUGGAUUAACAGCUGUGACCCAGUCGCCAGCAUCUGCACUUUGGUGGGGUGCCUAUGGUUCUGCCCAGCACAUCAUCUGGAGGAGCUUGGGCUAUACCGAUGAUGCAGAGAAGAAACCAUCUCAUAUGGAGAUGGUGACAGUUCAGGCUGCAGCAGGCAUGAUGGCGGGUGCUUGUUCCUCCGUUAUAACUACUCCCAUUGACACAGUCAAGACACGACUUCAGGUCAUGGAUAAUUAUGGUGUUGGACGACCAUCAGUAUUGAAGACGGCAAAAGCACUCCUUAAAGAGGAUGGAUGGCGGGGCUUUUAUAGAGGAUUUGGUCCACGGUUCUUAAAUAUGUCACUCUAUGGAACUACAAUGAUCGUUACUUAUGAAAUAAUAAGACACUUAAUCAACAUGGAUAUGCAACUUGCCUUUUAG